AUGUCUGGUUUAUACCCUGGGUUUGUUUCUUCCUUAUUCUAUCCACUAUUAACGCUUAGAGAACAAGAGUCUGACAACUUUAAAGUCGUUUUUACAGGAGAUCCAAUGGUCGGAAAGACGAGUUUGAUAUAUCGGAUGGUUAGCAACGAGUUCAAGGAAACGCUUCCGCCAACGGUUCCAGAUGUGACGCCGUAUCAAGUGAAAGAGAACAACAAAACGUAUAAUUUUCAAAUCAACGACACGGCUGGGCAAGAGAUCUAUCGAACGGUCACAUCCAGCUACUACCGAGGGUGCAGUGGGAUCUUUUUGGUGUAUUCACAGAACGAUGAGUCGUCGUUCAAGAGCUUGUCGUCGUUUUAUAGUGACAUAGUGACUUAUACACAAGAGAAGAAGCCACUGAUAGUUAUUCUAGCGAAUAAGUCUGAUCUGGAAGAGACCGUCAAACUCGAAGAGGCAAGAAAGUUUGCAAAGGAAAUGAUGUCGAAGGACAAAAUAAAAAUAACUGUGGCGCAGGUGUCAGCGAAGACUGGUGAGGGUGUGACGGAAGCUUUAAAAACGAUGGUCACCGAUUUAAUGAACGGGAACAUCUAUCCACAAAAAGUUAAAAAGUCUGGGCCUUGUGUUCUUUUGUGA